UCAUUAUUUGGCGCUAGCAAGCGAUAGGACAGUUAGACCUAACCCUUCUCAUAAUGUACACUGCCUCCUCCUUCUUAUAAGGUAAUUCACGGACAUUCCCCUUCCUACCACAGCACUAUGAACAAUAUCAAAACGCCCAUUUGCAGAGAUAAUCAUUCUGAGCAUCAUCCUGACCCGCGAAAUCUUCAAUCAUGACCAUCUCACUCCCCAACCCAGCCAGCGCUUCUUCCGAAGAAGUGAAGCCCACCAAAAAGAUCCUCUGCUACGGUUCUCCCUACCUGGCCGAGUUCUACGACAUCUGGAUUGGCCUCUGGGACGACACCGCAUUCUACUCCGAGUGCCUGAGCCAGAUCGCCUCUCACACCCCGCCGUCAGAACCCGUCGUCGUCCUCGACAUCGGUGCCGGAACCGGCCGCAUCACCCACGCCCUGGCGUCGAAUCUCCCCCAACACAUCGCCAACGUACGCUUGCUUGGCCUGGACAUGGAACGACACAUGCUCGAGCGCGCCGCGACUCUCACUGAUCCAGCACACGCGGACAAGAUCUCAUGGGUCCUCGGAUCGGCAUGCGACCUCGAGAGUGUACCUGCUUUCCGGGACGAGGGCCUCCGCGCCGACAUGAUGGUGUUUGCAUGCGGGAGCAUCUGUCACUUGAAUGUGCCUGGACAGGCAGAGCAGCUAUUCCGGGGAAUUGCGAGCGUUUUGAGGCCCAAGACCGGGAAGGCAUAUAUUUCUGUUCUCAAGGGCGGGUCGUCCGAUAAUGGCGUCCCUGAUCAGAUGAUGACCAAGCCACCGCCCGCGGAGUUUCGGAGCAGGGAUUUCAAGGAUAUUAUCUAUCGGGAUACAACGACUGUUCUGGAGGUGGUGGAUGAUAUUUGGCAUAAUACGAGACAUAUUGUGGUGUCGAGGGUGCUGGAGGAUGGGUCGGAGAGGGUCGUUGAGGAUAAUAUUGCGGAGGUAAAAGCGAAGAUUUGGACCGAGGGGGAGUUGAGGAGGAUUGCGAAAGCUGCUGGGUUGAGGGUUGUGGAUAUUGUUGAUAGGCAUAAUGACUGUCGUGAUGAGCUCAUUUUUGUCUUCGAGGUGGAUGUUUGAUACGAAUGACUGUGGGCGUUGAUUGAACUGGGAUUAGAUAGAGAAUCUCGGGUUACGGCUACGCUCGUUUCGGCUGUUGUAUGGAUUUAUGGCAUGGAUUGACACUUGGCCUCUUCCGC